AUGAUCCGAAGGUGUUUGGUGCUGCUGGCACUGGGCGUUUCUUCGCAAGAGCUGGAUGAAACUUGCGAUUUGCAGUUGCUGCAAGUGAGUCAAACCUUGGAGACCAGCAGAACAUGGAUGGUCUUGGGCCAGGCCCAAACGGACCGCAUCUUGACGCCCGCCGUCACCGGCAGCGCGGCGCUGGUGGAGAUCGCGGACCUAGCGGUGGCGCAGCAGGGAACCAAGGCGGAUGGGAAGAAACUGGGGAUUUUCCUGGGAAAAUUGGAGAAAAACAUAGAAAAACCAAGGAGUUUCCGGGGAAAAUUGGAGAGAAACUCAAGAUUUUCCUGUAAAAAUCGGGAGAAACUAAGGAUUUUUCUGGAAAAAUAG